CGCACAAAAAAGUGAUUCGAUUCCGUCAAAAAAGCAACGGCGAUGAAGAGACCUCGACCCCCAUCUCCACCGUCGAUCUCCGCCACCGCUAAACCACCACUCUCCCCACCGCUCACACCGAUUCUCAAACAGAAGCUACACAGAACAGGAACAACACCAAACUGGCUCCCAUUAAAACUCACCCAAACAGAGCUCACGUUACCGUUAACUUUCCCCACGGGCCAAACAUUCCGAUGGAAACAAACCGGCCCGGUUCAGUACAGCGGAUCGAUCGGUCCUCACCUCGUCUCUCUCCGACAGCGUCCAGGAGACGACACGGUUUCAUACUGCCUCCAUUGCAGCAAAACAAGCCCUAGAGCAGCAGAGCUCGCGCUGCUCGAUUUUCUCAACGCGGAGAUCUCGUUAGCCGAGCUAUGGUCUGAUUUCGAGAUGAAGGAUCCUCGUUUCGGAGAGGUGGCAAGGCAUCUUAGAGGAGCGCGCGUGCUGAGGCAGGAUCCGUUGGAGUGUUUGAUUCAGUUUCUUUGCUCGUCGAAUAAUAACAUCGGGAGGAUUACGAAGAUGGUUGAUUUCGUGUCGUCUUUGGGGUUGUAUCUGGGUGAGGUUGAAGGUUUUGAGUUUCAUCAGUUCCCGUCUUUGGAAAGGUUGUCUAGGGUUUCUGAGGAUGAGCUUAGGAAGGCUGGUUUUGGUUACAGAGCGAAGUACAUAACAGGUACAGUGAGUGCUUUGCAGUCAAAACCACGUGGUGGAGAUGAAUGGCUUCUGUCUCUACGGAAAUUGGAACUUCAAGAUGCGAUUGCUGCUCUGUGUACAUUACCUGGUGUUGGUCCGAAAGUAGCAGCUUGCAUAGCUCUGUUUUCUCUUGAUCAGCAUAGUGCCAUUCCCGUUGACACACAUGUCUGGCAGAUAGCCACAAGGUACCUUGUGCCAGACCUUGCUGGUGCCAAACUGACACAUAAACUCUGCAGCCGAGUGGCAGAAGCAUUUGUGUCUAAAUAUGGGGAAUAUGCUGGUUGGGCUCAAACAUUGCUUUUCAUUGCUGAGUUACCCGCACAGAAGGCUCUCUUGCAGACUCUUUCCCAGCCCAUUAAACGUGACAAAACUGCAGAAAGGAAGAAAGUAAUGAAGCUCUAGCUUUGACGCCUGAAGCCUCUCCAUAGAGAGCAUUGUUUCGCUUGACCGUUUUCUCUUAGGACAUUCAAACCUUGAUUUGUACUUGUUAACUUUUCAUUCUUACUUCUGAUUGUUUGUAUCCACGUAUCUCGAUUCUAGUUGCAGCAGGCUACAUCGAUUUUUAAAGAUUCAUUUUUAUGGUUUUGCUAACUGAAUAUCUUAUGUAAGAGACUGCAUAACUA